GACACCUUCCACUGGACCAGGUUGCUCAGAGCUCCAUCCAGCCUGGCUUUGAACACUUCCAGGGAUGUUUCAGGAUGUUUUGUAUUGCUUUUGCAGCUCUUCUCCCACAGGUGUUGUGGUGCUCUGCAGAGCAAACCAGGACUGUGCUUUGAGCAUCCCCGGGGCUCCAGGCAGGAGGGCACCUGCCCAGCCUGGCUGUGGGAGCUUCAGGGUUUAUUUUCAUUUCAAGGUGAACACUCCCAGGGUCCUUCCUGUGCUGGUCAUGGGCAGGCUCCACCUGCUGCAGCCCCCCAAGCCCUGCUUGCUCUGGACAGGGUGUUGCUGAGGAAUUUGGAUCUGCUUUGCCUUCCCUCCUGCCAUCAAUUCUCCUCAGUGUGGAGGAGGAGCUACAAGCUGUGCAAAGCUGCUCUCCCUCUUGAGGUGUCUAAUAAAGGAUUCCAGUUACUCUGAAUCCAUCAGAAGACUUGGAGACACACAUUUCUGUCCCCAGCUGCCUGUUCCACAGAAUCUUGUGGGAACUUGGUAAAUCUGAGUCCUUUUUCCCUCUGCCAAAGCUCUGGGAAUACUGGCAGCUGGGGAGCUGGACAGACCAACACUGGGUGCUCCUACAAACCUCCUGGUGUAAAGAUGCCGAGCUAAAAUCAGGUAUUUCAGUUCCUAAGCUUUGAUUUUUCCACUUCUCCUCUUGUGUUCCUAACUAGAUGAGCUGUGUCAUUUCAGCCCUGAGGAUUCUGGCCACUGUUCCUCUCCACUUCCAAGCCCUGAUUUGGAUGAAAUUGUCUUUAAUCAAUAAAGGGAAUAGUGAAGCUCAUUGCAGAGAUGCAUCUUCAUGAAUCUAUUGCCAUUUGGGAUCACCAGGCAGGGAACUGUCCCUCACAAUAUUUCAAAUAUUUCUUUGUGGUUUUGAAAAUGUUCCUCCUUUUUCCUACUUGUAUCUGUCUGAUUGUUUUCUGACCAGCAUUCAUCACUUCUCAAGGAACGAGUGCUCUUCAGAUCACCCUAAAAAAAAAAAAAGAGAUGUGAACAAGCUCCAGAGCUAACAGAGCAGUAAGUGCAUUUCUGUGUAGUGAUUGUGCACUGUUACAGGUUUUUUAUGUCCCUGCUGGAAUUAGGUGGCCUCGGGCCAAAAGCUCACCCCGUGUUGCUUUUUACCUGCCCAGCACAGAGGUGGUGAUGAACUUGGGUGAGUCCUAAGGAGCAGUUUUGUGUUUGCAGCUGGAGUCACCCAGUUGUGCUCCUGUGUCCCAGUCCAGCCCCUCCAUGGGCUCCUGGAGCAGGAGGCUGGGGCUGCCCAGCAGGGCAGGAAUGAGAGCAGCUCUGCCUGCCUGCUGCUCCCCCUCCUUCUCCCACCUCCUCUCCUCCAAGCUCAGCCCCUCUCCCUGGCUCCAGCUGGAGCCACAGGUUUAUCUGGAGGCGAGGAGUCUCUGCUCUGUAAGCUGAGCCCCGGGAGGAGGAGGAGGGAUCUGCUGGACCCUGGAGGAGAAAGGGUUUGGCCACCCCAGAGGGAAGGGAGAGAGGCAGAGCCUGGGCACCAUGGCUGGAUUCUCUGCUCUUGGGCUCCUCUCCCUGUGUCAGCUCUUGGCCACAGCAUCAGCUCAGUCCCUUCCAAGAAUUGGACCACAAGGCCCUCCUGGACCUCCAGGACCCCCUGGACCAUCUGGCAAGGAUGGCAUUGAUGGAGAGCCAGGCCCUCCUGGUUUGCCAGGCCCACCAGGACCAAAAGGAGCACCAGGGAAGCCUGGAGCUGCAGGUGAAGCUGGGUUGCCUGGCCUUCCUGGAGUGGAUGGUUUAACAGGGACUGAUGGCCCACCUGGCCCAAAUGGGCCCCCAGGAGACCGUGGUGCAUUAGGACCUGCUGGGCCACCUGGACCAGCUGGCAAAGGACUACCAGGACCUCCAGGGCCUCCAGGACCCAGUGGGCGCCCAGGGGGACAUGGAUUUCGGGGUCCUUCUGGACCUUUUGGUCUGCCAGGAUUCCCAGGGCCCCCUGGACCACCUGGGCCUCCUGGUCUUCCAGGGGCCCUUCCUGAUGGCGGUGGGGACCUUCAGUGCCCAGCUCUGUGCCCACCAGGUCCCCCAGGCCCCCCAGGAAUGCCAGGCUUCAAGGGACACACUGGUCACAAAGGGGAGCCUGGUGAAGUAGGAAAACAAGGAGAAAAGGGUAACCCUGGCCCUCCUGGCCCUCCAGGAAUUCCUGGAGGUGUUGGCCUGCAGGGCCCAAGAGGACUGAGAGGCCUCCCUGGUCCCAUGGGCCCAGCUGGCGACAGAGGUGACAUUGGAUUCAGGGGCCCACCUGGAAUCCCAGGACCUCCAGGGAAAGCUGGAGACCAAGGCAGCAAAGGACCUCAGGGAUUCCGGGGCCCCAAAGGCGACACUGGCAAACCUGGACCAAAAGGAAACCCAGGGGCUCGUGGACUCAUAGGAGAACCUGGAAUGCCUGGCAAGGAUGGGCAGGAUGGAGCUCCUGGACUCGAUGGUGAGAAGGGUGAUGCAGCUCCCAUGGGUGCUCCUGGAGAGAAGGGGCCAAAUGGACUUCCCGGUCUACCUGGAAGAGCAGGUAUUAAAGGCUCAGAGGGUGAACCAGGCAGCCCUGGAGAGAUGGGAGAGGCAGGUCCCUCAGGAGAGCCAGGCAUCCCUGGUGAUGUUGGCAUUCCUGGUGAGAGAGGUCUGCCAGGACCCAGAGGAGCAACUGGACCCCUUGGCCUCCAAGGCCCCACAGGAGCCCGUGGUGUCCGAGGUUUCCAGGGGCCCAAAGGUGCCAGUGGGGAGCCUGGCCUUCCUGGCCCGACUGGGAUCCGUGGAGAGACAGGUGACAGGGGUCCUCUUGGUGCUCCUGGUCCCAAGGGGAGCCAGGGCUUUGCUGGAGCAGAUGGACUCCCAGGUGACAAAGGAGAGCUGGGUCCCUUUGGACCCCCUGGCCAAAAAGGAGAGCCAGGAAGAAGAGGAGAACUUGGUCCAAAAGGAGUCCAAGGACCCAAUGGGACAGCUGGAGCACCAGGGAUCCCAGGACACCCAGGACCCAUGGGUCACCAGGGGGAGAGGGGUGUCCCUGGCAUCACAGGAAAACCUGGCCCUCCUGGCAAAGAGGCCAGUGAACAACAUAUCAGAGAAGUCUGUGGAGAAAUGAUAAAUGAGCACAUUGCCCAGCUGGCUGCUAACCUGAGGAAGCCCCUGGCUCCUGGGAUGACAGGACGGCCUGGCCCAGCGGGGCCACCGGGCCCUCCUGGGGCCACCGGCACCGUCGGGCACCCGGGGCCGCGGGGACCCCCGGGGUACAGAGGGCCAACAGGAGAGCUGGGGGAUCCUGGACCCAGAGGUGACACUGGUGAGAAGGGAGAUAAAGGACCUGUUGGCCAAGGGAUCGAUGGGCCUGACGGUGACCAGGGACUGCAGGGACCACCUGGUGUGCCUGGAAUUACUAAAAAUGGCCGUGAUGGUGCUCAGGGUGAACCCGGGCUGCCAGGGGAUCCUGGGACUCCUGGGACUACUGGGGCUCAGGGAACUCCAGGAAUAUGUGACACGUCGGCUUGCAUGGGAGCUGUUGCAGCAUCAACUUCCAAAAAAUCAUAAACCAACAGUACAAGAAGUGAAGAAGUGACUGAAUAUUUAAAUAAACAGUGCAUUGUAAGAAAACAGAAUCCUUCUAGUGCUAAAAGGACAGAUGCUCCUUCUAUUCUAUUAAGUGGAGACUUUGACACAGUUCUAUGAAAAA